AUGUCUUUAGAGAUCAUUAAUGUCGACGAUGCCGAGCAGAUGGUUGAGGAGGAGACAGUGGAGAAGACUGGCAAAGAGGAGAUGUUGUCGAACAUCGUGAUGCCUCCGAUGGAACGAAUCAAUCUGCCGAUUACUAUCGACGACAACGGGCAGAUGACGGAGGAGAUCGUGGAUAAGGAUGCAGAAGCAGAGUGGUUGGUGAUCAUCGCAAUGCCUACGUCAGGAGACAUGAAUAUGUUGAUUCGUGUCGACGAUGAUGGGCAUAUGGUGAAGGAGGAGACCUUUGAGACAGACACCAACGAGGAUUUGGCGAUGGUCACAAGCCAACCGAAGCCGAGCUGCAACACUGUGCCCAUAGUCAUGGAGCAAUCGGGCGGGGCCUCCACGGCGAAGCCUCCGGUUGGAGGCGGCCGUUUGCGCCCCACCUCGCCCGACGCAUCAGAUGCCAGUGCCACGCUGGAGGCGGUCGAGGAGGACCCAAGCUGCUUGAUCAGAAACCUCGACGACGGCAGCGAGUUCGUGGUGAGGGAGGAGUUCGGGCUCCGCGAGGUUGGUACCGGCCGCCAGCUUACUGUGGAGGAGUUCGAGCUAUUCAUCGGCCGCUCCCCCAUCGUCCAGGAGCUCAUGCGCCGCCAAAGCGUCACCAACUCCAACCCAAACUCCAAUUCCCAAAGUGGCGCCUCAACCCCCAUGGAGAGGUCCAGCUCCGGCUCCAGCAAUGGCGGGGCGCGUUCUAGGCGGCGCAGCAGCUGGCUCCACACCAUCCGCAGUGCGGCUGGCUCCAUGGUCACCUAUUCACGUGACCGCCGCGGCGACGACAAGGACACGUCCUCAGAGAAGGGUGGCCGCCACUCCAGCUCGGCUACGGAAGACAGCCAGGAUGGUGUUGCACGCCAUGGUCCAGACCGUGUCAAGGUGCGCCACAACGGCAAGUCAUACAAGGAGCUCACUGGCCUGUUCAUGAACCAGCAGAUACAUGGGCACAAAGGGUCCAUCUGGAGCAUCAAGUUUAGUCCUGAUGGGCGAUACCUUGCAACUGCUGGAGAGGAUUGCGUGAUCCAUAUUUGGGAGGUGUUGCACUCCGGAAUGAUGAAGGAGGAGAGGGAGGUGGAAGAUAAUGGGACCUGCAAUCCUUUCGCUGCCAUGGUAUGUGAUGAGUCACCGGAGCCAAUGUUAGCAUCGGUGGCUACAGAGGGCAGCCAUUGGGAGAAGAGGCUGCCGGCAAAGGAUCUGCACAGUCGGAGAUCUGGGGGCUCAGACCAGUUGAUGGUGCCAGAGCAUGUGUUUGCACUGUCUGAGAAGCCUGUUAUAACCUUCGCAGGGCAUUUAAAGGAUGUGCUUGAUCUCUGCUGGUCCAAAUCUCAGUACUUGCUUUCAUCAUCAAUGGAUAAAACUGUACGGUUGUGGCACAUGUCAAGCACUUACUGUUUGAAAGCCUUCUCCCACAGUGACUAUGUGACUUGCAUCCAGUUCAACCCUGUUGAUGAUAGAUACUUCAUUAGUGGUUCUCUGGAUGAGAAGGUUCGAAUCUGGAGUAUACCGAAACGUGAAAUUGUUGAUUGGGUUGAUCUACAUGAAAUGAUUACUGCCGCAUGUUAUUCCCCCGAUGGACAGAGUGCACUCAUUGGCUCCCACAAGGGCAAUUGCCACGUGUAUGACACGUCUGAUAAUAUGCUUUCUUACAAGAAACAAAUUGACCUGCAACUCAAGAAAAAGAGAUCCAGUCAGAAGAAAAUCACAGGAUUCCAGUUUAUCCCAGGAAGUUCGUCAAAGGUCAUUGUCACAUCUGCGGACUCAAGAAUCCGAGUUGUUGAUGGCUUCGAACUACUUCACAAGUUUAAAGGGUUUCAGAACACCAGCAGCCAAAUCUCAGCUUGUUCAGCUGCAAACGGGAGGUACAUUAUUUCUGCGAGUGAGGAUUCACGUGUAUAUAUCUGGAGAUACAGUGAUGAUUCCAAACCAAGCAGAAAGAAGAGCAUUGUUCCUGUCACAAAUACCCAUGAGAACUUCCGCUGCGAGAGAGUAACAGUUGCUGUUGCUUGGCCUUGUGCCAGCGCCAGAAUGACUAAUAAAGCUAACUCCAGGAAGCAAGAUAACCUGGACUGUGUGGCUGGUAAUGGUCAUGUACUUGGAUCCGAACCUGCUAAAGAGGAUGAGAUUCCUGCUGUUCAGGACCAGAGCAACAAUUUAUGUAACAAUGGCGCGACUUGGCCCGAAGAGUUGAUGACAAAAACAAAACAAAGCCCCAAGUCUAAUACAACCCAUCCCGGUGAUGUAGAUCAAGCUCCGAGUCCGCCGGCCUGGGGCUUAGUGAUCGUGACAGCAGGCCAUGAUGGUCAAAUCAGAACAUAUCAGAACUUCGGUUUUCCAAGUAUAACGUCGAUCUGA